AUGUCCGCCGAAUCGCCCCCCAAAUACGUCUACAAAAUAGUGCCAACCGCGCCUCCAGAGCCCAUCCCCCAGGCGUUCCCACUCUCCGAUCUCGACCGGCAAGAUGGAUUCAUCCACCUGAGCACAGCUCAACAGGUCCCCCUUACUUGCGACAGAUUCUUCUCAAGCACUUCGGCCCUCUGGCUGCUCAAGUUCCAGCUCGACCAGUUCGCAGACCCGAUCAAGUGGGAGGACGAGUUCCCACACCUGUACGGCAACUUUGGCGGCAAGGAUGUUGUAUCCGUACAAAAGUUUGACAAGGCAGAGGGCCAGUCAUGGCCUGAGAGUAUGAGUGCUUCAUCUUGGCUUGAAUAG